AUGACGGGAGCCAUCUCAGGUUUGGACGCAUGUCGAGAGCUUACAGGAAUCCCUGGAGGACAGCCGGUUCUACCAGGGCUAUUUGUAGUAUCUGAUAAAGCGGACAAAUUAAUCUCGUCAGUAAAGAUAAGGUAUUUUUUGAAGAAAUUGCACUUGCUUAAUUGCCACUCACGAUUUAGCGCACCUCGACUGUCAUCUCUCACGGAGAAAAGGCUAGAUGAAUCGACGUGGAGCACUUUUGACAACGGAAUCAAAUAG